CUGGGGGGGAGUUACCACCACUUUCCUGCUGAGUCAAUUUUUAAACAUACUCUGGGAUUUCCACGACUUUUUUUUCUUUGACAAAUUAGCUUUUUCCUGUAGUUCCUGUAGUUUACUCAUUCAACUUAUUUUUAUCUGUUGCAUUAGUUUGUUGUAGUUAACCGUUCCCGACUACCGGGUGCAGAGAAGCGCCUCCUCCAUCUUCAUUCCUGCAGUACGAUAUUCUCGCUCAACAUGACACGUUUAAAUGGAUGUAUUAGUUGAAACGCUAACUUGUUCAGACUAACUGCAUCAGUUUGUGACUGAGAUGUUCUCCUGAGUUAAAGCUUGCAUCACGUUGAGGACUUUCCUGAGUUUUACUCACCCAACACAUUGCAAUGGCUUCCAAUAUAAUUGUAGAACAUCACAUUUCUCACAAAUUCACUGUGACAGUGGUUCGUGCUGAAAAUGUUACCAAAGGAGCACUGGGUGACCUACUGGAUACUCCAGAUCCAUAUAUGGAGUUGUUCAUCCCAACGGCCCCGGAGAGCAGGAAGAGGACUAAGCACAUUGACAACAACAUCAAUCCAAAAUGGAAUGAGACCUUUCAUUUUAUUUUAGACCCCAGCCAGCCGAAUGUCCUGGAGCUAACAUUAAUGGAUGCCAAUUAUGUGAUGGAUGAGACACUUGGGACGGCAUCCUUCGACAUCACCAAGCUCAAAGUGGGCCAAACAAAGCUGGAAAUUUUCAGUUUUGGAAAAGCAACCAAAGUACACUUGGAGAUGACAGUGGAAAUCUGGACAAACUUGGACCUGAGGUUCAGCCUGGCCCUCUGUGAGAAAGAGAAACAGUUCAGACACACUCGCAGAGAAAGAGUGAUGCUCGGCAUUAAAAAGCUCCUCGACAUGGAGAAGCCUCGCUUCCUUCCCAGCUCUCCUGAGGAGGUUCCCGUGAUAGCCAUAGCAGGUUCAGGAGGGGGUUUCCGUGCAAUGGUUGGGUUUUCUGGAGUGAUGAAGGCCCUGUUUGAGUCUGGGGUCUUAGACUGUGCCACAUACGUUGCGGGCCUCUCUGGAUCCACAUGGUACAUGUCCACGCUGUACUCCCACCCUACCUUUCCAAACAAAGGUCCAAAGGACAUUAACAGUGAGCUUAUGAAGAGAGUCAGCAGUAACCCACUCAGGUUGCUGCUGCCCCAGCACAUCACCAACUACAUCCAGGCCCUCUGGACCAAAAAGGCAUCAGGGCAGCCGGUUACGUUUACCGAUAUUUUCGGCAUGCUCAUAGGAGAGACUCUUAUGCCUGCGAAGAUGGAUAUCAAGCUAAGUGACAUCCAGGAGAAAAUAAACCAGGCCCAGAGCCCUCUACCUUUAUUCACAUGUUUACACGUCAAACCAGAUGUUUCCGAGCUCAUGUUUGCAGAUUGGGUGGAGUUCAGCCCAUAUGAAAUCGGAAUGGCAAAGUACGGUACCUUCAUGACGCCCGACCUCUUUGGAAGCAAGUUCUUCAUGGGAACUGUCGUGAAAAAGUAUGAAGAAAACCCAAUCCAUUUUCUGAUGGGCAUAUGGGGAAGUGCCUUCUCCAUUCUGUUCAACCGAGUACUGGGAAUUAAGGACACAGCUGAAGGCAGCACCAUGGAGGAGGAGUUAGAGCAGAUCAAACCCCAGCACAUUGUUGGAGAAGACAGCCUUGACAAUGAUGAUGAACCCAGAAAAGGUGGAACUGAAAACCAGGAAGCGGAUGAGGAGUUUCACCGCACUGCUCAGGCCAGCUGGGUUCAGCGAAUGUUCACUUCACUCUUUAGUGACUCUGCCCUGUUCAAUACAAGAGAAGGUCGAGCUGGAAAGGUGCAUAACUUCAUGUUGGGCCUGAAGCUGAACGCUGACAUAACCUCUCCUGAUACAUUGUAUUCUCAACCUACACCUGAAGAAGAAGUGGAUGCUGUAACAGAUCCAGAUGAGUUUGAUCGCAUUUACGAACCUCUGGACGUGAAGAGUAAGAAGAUCCAUGUAGUAGACAGCGGCCUGACCUACAACCUUCCCUAUCCUCUCAUCCUGCGGCCUCAGCGCACCGUUGAUUUGAUCAUCUCAUUUGAUUUUUCUGCUCGACCGAGCGACUCCAGUCCUCCAUUUAAGGAGCUACUGUUAGCAGAAAAGUGGGCCCGAAUGAACAAGCUCCCGUUCCCUAAGAUUGACCCUAAAGUGUUUGAUCGUGAAGGUCUGAAGGAAUGCUACGUCUUCAAACCCAGGAAGGGGGAGAAGAACUGCCCAACUGUGAUCCACUUUGUCUUGGUCAACAUUAACUUCAGGAAAUUCAAAGCACCCGGGGUUGCCAGAGAGACUGAGAAGGAGAAGGAACUGGCAGAUUUUGACAUCUUUGAUGACCCGGAGUCACCAUUUUCCACAUUCAACUUCCAGUACUCCAAUGAAGCUUUCACCCGGCUUCAUGACCUGAUGGAGUUCAACACCCUAAACAACCUUGAGGUUAUUAAAGAGGCCAUUAAGGACUGCAUUGUGGCACGGAAAGAGAGUCCCUCAGGCCUCUCCCUUCCGUUUUCCCUCAGCGAGAUCCCUAAAAGGAAGUUUUCCAAAAGAGAACCUGACUCAAAACCCUGGAUCAACCUUGGAAAGGACCACCAAUAGUUUCAGGAUAAGACUUUGGAUAAACAGACUUUUUGUAGUUUUGGUGAUUUGGCCUUAAAGUUGAGUAUUUUACUUAAUGGAAAUGCUCAUAUCCUGAUCUACAGGAUAAUUUGAUGCAACUUGAAGAUAAGAGUUGAAAGAAGUGCCACUUUGUAUGGAACCUCACUAGUAAAAGCCUUAUGGCUGCACUCCCUUGCAAAAGCAUUAUCAUCUGGUUUUAUGUUCACACUUCAUUUCUGGAGAAGACAAGCAGAUGAUAAUUACCACCUGACUGCAAUGUUUUAUUGCAAUUGCAAUCAACACAAUGUUGUUAGGGAAACCCUUUCCUUUAUUUUAUUGUCCCCUGAGGAUCCUGAACCAUGCUUCCUCUUAGUUCUUGACUCGUCUUUGUCAAAUCUUUUCACCUUUGUUGCAUUUGUGAUGCGUCUUUUUGACUCAUUGGCAUCUUUCCAGAGAACUUGUUUGGCCUUGUGUUGCUUGUAUAUUCUGCUGACAAUUGUUCCUUAAGAAGCCUCAUUUGUGGUUUCCCAUUUUUGUGGGAUGAACUCUUUUCGAACUGAAUCUGUGGCUACAGUGCACCUUUUUUUCUUUUUUUACAUUUUCCAUUACAUUGCCUGUCUUAACAUGUAAUUGUGGUAAAAAAAAAAAAACAUGGAUGGGGAGCUCAUAAUUUUUGUUUGUGUUUGAUGGAACACGCAACCUGCACCCCCUCUGGAUAUUUCAAACAUCUAAAGGAUGUUUACCCACCUAUGGAGCGGGAGCACUCCCUACUGCCUCGAAGGGAGUGCCAAAUUAAAUCCACCAUCCUGGAAUAAACAAAACCCGUUGCCACAGUAACAGCUGUUCAUUUUCUUCCUUUAACAUAUCUUUGUCUCAGCAUCGGGGUGAAGGCAUGUUUAUUUCCCUGACCAGUAUGGUUUAAAGAUACAGACACAGGCUGAUUUUCCUUGACCAUCACUCGCUCCCAAAAACACUGUGCUGCCGGACUCUUUAAACUUUGGAGCCAAGGCUGGGUGGAGCGGUGUAUGCCAUUACAAGCCCUGAUCACAUCUUUUAGAACGACGACCCUCUAUCUCAACAGCACCGGGUGGAAUUUUACACACUACACCUACACCUGCAGCAGUAAAGCCCUGGAAUCUGACACACUACCCUUAAUGCCUGCAGAGGCCUGAAAAGCUGCACACACAGAGGGGAGCCAUUUUCCACUGAAGCACUUCCGAGCUCUCCGCCCUCAUGUGUCACCCUGGCCGUUUGGAAACAAACUGAGACGACACAGAAAGGGUUGAGUCACGCUUCAGGGAUGCAUGAUCAGGCAAUGUUUGUUUCAAAUUUUGGUUGUAGCCAUUUUGUGUAUUUCCUUUAGUUUAUUUAUGUUUUUAAAAGUAGUGGUAAUCCUGUGUUUUAAUUAAUUAAUUACUAAAUCAUCGAUUCACUUUCUCAUGUAGACCUUUCCUAGGUCUAGAGAGUGUUUAUCAGUAGGCGUUUCAUGUGAUAGACCAACAUAAAGUAGCAUGGUGAAAUCAAAGAAAACUUUAUAAACUGUGCUAUGUAUUUUAAUUCACCUCACCUGAUUUAAUACUUAUUAGAACCACCCAUUGCUGUAAUUACAGCUUCAAAUCUUUUGGUGUUUUCUUCUAUUAACUUUGAUCAACUUUGCAUACCUAGAGACAAAACUUUUUUUCAGUUCUUUGGAAAAUUGCUCAAAUUGAAUUGAGAGUAUCUGUCAAAAUCCGUUUUCAAAUCUUGCUCCAGAUUCUCAGUUAGCUUCAGAUCUGGACUCUGACUAGACCAUUCUACGACAUGAAUAUACAUCGAUCUAAGUAUGAGCUUGAGCUCUGGCUGUAUGUGUAGGGUCGUUGUCCUGCUAGAAGAUGAACCUUUUAUUACUACUAAUUAGGUAACUUCAGUUAAGCUGGAUAUUAUUUAGAGGUAUCGAAAUAAGGGAGCUGAAUACAUUUGUAUACAUACAGACUUUUAAUUUUAAGUUUUGUUUUUUUUUUCACAAUUUUGCACUGCAUUGUGUUAGUCUAUCACAGAAUGUUCCAAUAAAAUACAUUGAGGUUUGUCUUGUAAUGUGACAAAAUACUUUUGCAAGGCCCUACAAAUCAUGUACAGCUUUUGCAGUGCAGAGACUGGAACUUGAAAUUCAUCCAAAAUUCAGAUAUGUUCAUAGGUAAUUACUAGAGUGAGCCCACAGUCUCCUACUGGUAGCUUUUUAUCCACAAUAACCCUUUGAGCGUUUUAUACUGGAAACUUAAUUAUUAAUUUGUGUAUUUAUCUUGUAACUACAGAGAGCUACACUGAGAUUAUUUUAGACUAAUUUAGACUAUUCAAUGGCCAUAAAUAUUUAUGAAAAUAUAUUUAUGCUCAGUAUUUCUUGUUAAUAAACACCAGAUAGAAAAUCAUGACAGUUGAGUAAAAACUAUCACAUAAAUGAAUAUUUUAAUCUCAAUAUUUCUAUUUUGCCUUAUUUUAAACAAAAAUCUCUGGCUUUUUUCAGUGCUGCCUUAUCUGCCCUAAAGAAAGUGAAUAGGGGUAAUUCCUCAAUGUAAUAUGUUGGGUUUUAAACAAGCAAUGAUAAAUUUGAGGACAUUUUCUGAACUUUUAAUAUUAAUUAUAUAAACAUUUUCUGUCUGCUUAAAAGUUGCACUUAAAGCAGGAUUUCAAUGAGUGUUGUGACUUUGUGUUUUUAAAAGUUUUAUUGUAAUAUUUUUUGACAACAUCACAAGCUGAAAGGUCAGUUCUUUAAUUUGGGAUAUGCACAUUUAUACUCUUGUGAUCAUUAAGCUGUAUUUUAACUGGCAAAGCAUGACAUGUUUAACUGUUGUGUUUGUGUUAAAAGGACAGUAAAAAAGUAUGCAAGUUUAAUGUAUGCUUAUGUUUUCUGUUAAAAUAUUUGAAAUCCGUGAGGAUCCUGGUGAAAUUACACAACUUACACAACUUGCAGAUGUGUUCAGGUACCUUUGUUUCCUUUUGGGUCACUGAAUUAACCUGUACAGUCCUGUGGUUUAACAGAUACUUAGAUUGGGCUUUUAACUACAUAAAGCUCUGUGUAUGUACUGGAUUUAAAUAAAAUUUCUGCACUUCAA